AUGAACCCUUCUCUUUUAGUGUUGGAGGUGGAUGGAGCUUCCCGCAGCCAAACAGCUCCUCCCCCAGCUCACUUGGAGACUGAGGUAUCAACACAAAUUUAUUCUGCGUGGGCACCAGUCGAAGUUUCCUCCUCAACUCUCGAGAGGACUCAAUCGUCUGUCGAAGCAAACCCCUCAGCGGUUGGGGAGUCUGCUACAACAAACUCUCAAAAUCUCCCUCACGCCAACAGUUCUCGCGACAGACUGCUUCGAAAGAAGGCGAGAGUCCAAGAAUUGCUCGACCAAUUACGUCCUGGACGUUCAGCAGACGGUUUUUUCGCGUUUUACGAACAACCAGCAGGCGCUAUGGCGUCUACGCGAUCCACUCUACGUGAAGGCCUUCGCCAGGCGCCCAAGGUUAAUCAGCCUUUCAUUCCAGACACGGCUCCAGUGCGCCAGACACGUUCAGCCACCCAGCCAGCCUCAAAUCAAGAGACCUCGUCAUCGCACACACCAAGCUUUCAGGCUGUGGGUGUAGAAGGAUCCACCUCCAAUAUCGCCGAGGACGAGGCUUUUCACAUCAUGCACGUCGAUAGUGUCGACGGUGAAGAAACUAAACCAGUGCUUGUCUCGACCAGAGAUGUUCUCACACCUGGCAACAGGCCUGAACAAUUUAGAAGACGAGGAAAAGAGGUCAAACAGAUCGACUUUUACAACCAGUAUUAUCCACUGCAGCACCUAGAAGUUAACAGAGGUUUCCACAUUUACCGACACGUUCUUAUGAGUUUACAAUGUCCUGAUCCUGAGCAAGUGGAUUUUGCAUUGUUCCAUCUUGUCCAGAUGUCCAACACACGUGGUGACAAAUUUAGAUUCGAAGGUUUCCCCAUGUUGAUGGAGACCUUGAUGGAAAUAGCUAUGGGCGUUACCGAGCUUUUGACUGGUGUAUGGUGGGAAUACGAGCGAGACCCGUAUCAAUGGCCUUUGAAGAAGGAUCGUCCCAACGUUCUGAACACUCUUUGGGGAACCGAUGAUAUCCUCACACGCAUUAAGAAGCUUCGCAUCACUUUGUCAGAUGAUUCGCUUGAAGAUGAAUAUUUCAGCAGUCGCCUUCGCCGAAUCAAAGAAGCCACUUUGGUCUUGCGCAACAUGUGUCUUCUCCCCGAGAAUGCCUACCACAUUGCAACCCAGGCCAAGGGACUUUUGAGAGAUUUCCUCUGCGUCAUGAUGAACGUUCCAAAGCAGCCUCGCUUCAACGAGUUGAGAAAUGAUGCGCUCGAUAUCGCUGAAGAGGUGACUAAGUACAUGCCAACCGCAUCGUACGAUCCAGUAUGCGUUUCUCUUUAUCGUUGUAUUGGCUCGAAAGACCGUGCUCAUAUCACUCGCGCACUCUGGGCGAUCACUCAUUUCUCCUCCGAACUUGUCGAGACCAAGAAUCUGGCUAUGGUAAACGUACCACAUCACCACGUCGCCAACCUUGCCACAUAUCUCCUGAUGGAGGCGGAUCCGGAUAUGCUCAAUGGUGUUAUGGACUAUUUCUACCAGUACACGCUUGAUCGUGUCAAUGCCCAGUACUUGCCCAGAGUGGUGAAUAUGACGGUUAACUUAAUUCCGAGAUUGGUCAACCUUCUUUCUUAUGAAGCCGUUGAAGUAGUAGAAGAAGUGGAGGUGCUGCCAGAGAAGAUCGCUCCUGCUCCUACCGCAAUUCCAAAGGUGCCACCAGAGCUCUCCAGGCAGUUGAUGGCUUUAGCCGAACCGGAACGCAGCUCUCAAUGGCUUCGCUGCUGUUUUGUUGAAGACUCUGACUGCGAGAUUACUCAGAUUGCCCUGUGGCAGGCAUACCAAAUUCGAUUUGGAUCCACCCCUAAUGCAUUGGCUGCUGCUGAAUUCAUCAAAAACGUUAGCGCAACAUUCACAAAUGCUCAAGCCCAAGUUGUCCCAGCCGCAGGGCCGAAUGGACAAACUUCCACCAGGUUUAUCAUCAAAGGUAUUCGUCCUUUGGAAACUGCUUUGGCAUUUGACGGAUGGCCCUAUCUCUAUUGCGAGUGGGCAGUUGGUGAUCAGCCUGGGCAUCUCUGUGAUCGCGCGUUCACUGAUCCGCAGGAACUUCGCAAACACGUUUUCGUGGAGCACACUGGUCUUGAACCCUUGGAGCACCCUAAUCAAUACAACUGGGAAAAAGCUAUGCAGUCACCAAAAGCGUGUCGCUGGGACGGCUGCACUAGAUACAAGACUCCCAGUACUGAAGCCGCGAAGGUUAUAAACCAUGUCAGCAGCCAUUUAUCUCAGCAGCGUAAACCUGAUGCCCAACCACCUAUCCUCGAACGGAAAAUCCUCCAGCAGCGCCAGGUUCGUCGUCGAACCUUCCGUAACACUCCUGUCAACGCUGACGGAGAACCCGUUGGAGUCGCAUACAAGGCAGCAUUGAUUUUACGUAACUUGCUUGAGCAUUUACCGGACACCGUCUUUGUAAAAGACGGCAACCAUGCGGAGAUUUCAACCGUGGACAAAAAAGAGCUCUUCCUUGCCCGUCGCUCGACUAUUAUCGCCAAAUAUUGUGAGAAUCGCAAUCUACGCGUACCAUUGACAGAUGUUCUCUCCCUGAUUGGGAAACUCGGUGAUCGACACGAUUAA